UUAGGUCAACCAUUUCCUUUUUCCAAUUCAUCGGCAGAGAAAAAUUUUAAAUAAUUUUGUCUUAAUCCUCGUGUACCGAUUUCAGUCUGAAUCAAAAUGUCAAGACGAGGAGGUCGAGGAAAAACGCAUCACAAAGGCAGGAGACGCCAUUUUACCGAUGCAGAGGAGCUGCAAAUGGAGAUGGAGAGAGAAAAGAGAAGACAGGAAUGGAGGGAGAAGAAAGAAGGUGAUGGUUCAGAUGAAGAAGGUGCUGCUGCAGAAAAACCUGAGGCCAGCAGUGAGGAGGAAUCUGACAGUGAGGAAGAGCAGGUUAAACCAAAAGGUGUAAGUGGUCUCAUAGAGAUAGAAAAUCCCAACAGAGUCACUUCAAAAACAAAAAAGGCCUCAGAAUUAACCAAUGAUGAUAGUAGUACUGUGCAACUAUCUCGAAGAGAGAGGGAAGAGAUUGAACGGCAGCGUACAGCAGUGAGAACGAGGAAACUACAGGAAGAAGGGAAAACAGAUCAGGCCAGGGCUGAUCUGGCACGACUAGCAGUUAUACGGAGGCAAAGAGAAGAAGCCGCACGCAAAAAAGAAGAACAGAAAAAAGCAAAAGAAGCUGCUGAUGCUGCUAAAAAUGCCAAACGAUGAUAGAGGCCUAAUAAAGAAGCACUGUCCUGUCGUGAAAGCAUUUAGGAUAACAGAACUGAAUGAGUAAAGGCAGAAGUGGACAGAUUUGGUGGAGAUAAUCGUAUUUUUCGUACACUUGUAAAGUACUGAAACAAAAUUCUUGUAAAACGGAAGUAAAUUUGAAACCUGUAUCUUAAUGUGGGAAUGUGGCCACUUGAAAAAUUACAUUUUAGUCUGAUAUUAAUUUUUCAACCAAUUGCAAAUGCACUUGUCAGCUUUUUGAUUUUAUGUAGAAGCUGGUGGCUUCUUAUACAUGGAUAGAUUGAGAAUGACAUAAAAAGCCCGUUCUUGUUGGACAAAUUGUCUUUGGAAAAGAAGAAAAACAAAGAAAUCUUAUUUCUUACACGGUUGAGACUCGUUUAAAAUACCGGCUAAUUGCUUCCCCCAAAAAAACGCUUAAGUAAAACUUUCUAUAGAUCAUA